GCGGCGGUUCGACGUUGCAGUCAACCGAGGGGGUUUUAAACCUACAAAGGGAAACAUACGCGCUUUUCUCAUCGCAGAGCCGUACUGCACUGGCAUGGCUCUUUACGAAUAUGUCACUCAGGACCAACUGUCGGGCUUCGACAAAUACAAGUACAGUGCAGUGGAUUCCAACCCCCUGUCUGUCUACGUCAUGCACCCAUUCUGGAACUCUGUGGUCAAGGUUCUGCCUACGUGGCUGGCUCCAAAUCUCAUCACAUUCACAGGCUUCAUGUUCUUGGUCUUGAAUUUCCUCAUGCUGGCCUUCUAUGACUUUGACUUUUAUGCCUCUGCUCCAGGACAUGCACAUGUGCCGAGUUGGGUAUGGGUUGCUGCAGGACUUUUUAACUUCUUGGCCUACACCCUGGAUGGUGUAGACGGUAAGCAGGCACGUCGCACCAAUUCUUCCACACCACUGGGGGAGCUGUUUGACCAUGGCCUGGAUAGUUGGGCCUGCAUCUUCUUCGUGGCCACUGUCUACUCAAUAUUUGGGCGCGGGGAGAGCGGUGUGAGUGUGCUCACACUCUACUACAUCUUGUGGGUGGUCCUGUUCUCCUUCAUUCUGUCCCACUGGGAGAAAUACAAUACCGGAGUGCUGUUCUUGCCUUGGGGUUACGACGUCAGUCAAGUGACCAUCUCCAUUGUGUAUAUUGUCACUGCUGUGGUUGGUGUUGAAACAUGGUACAGUCCUAUUCUGUGGCACAUCCUCUACAGAGAUCUCUUCACCAUGAUGAUCCUGGGCUGUUCCUUUGCUGUGACCUUACCCAUGAGCCUUUAUAAUGUCUUGAAGGCCCACCGUAGUAACACACUCAAGCACAGUAGUAUUUAUGAGGCCUUCCUCCCCUUCUUCUCUCCGAUCCUCCUCUUCCUUCUCUCCACUGCAUGGGUGGUUUUCUCUCCAUCCGUCAUCCUUCAGCAGCAACCCAGAAUCUUCUACCUCAUGGUUGGGACGGCCUUCGCUAAUGUCACUUGUAAACUCAUCGUGUGCCAGAUGAGCAACACUCGUUGCCAAGCACUGAGCUGGCUGUUGUUGCCCAUGGCAACAGUAGUGUUGUUAGCUGUGACCAGGAUAGUUACCAAUGAGACUCUGCUGCUGUACAUGUGGACAGCCUUUGUAAUACUGGCACACAUACAUUAUGGAGUUUCAGUGGUGCAUCAGCUCAGCGACCACUUCAACAUCUUUGCUUUCUCCCUGAAGAAACCCAACAGUGACUGACAGGAGGAGGAGCGAAUUGGCUUGAAGGGAGCUGAGGUUUAGGCCCCUCCCCCCUACAGCCAACCGACCCUUCACUUCAUCACCACGGGAACCGUAUCCCUUCCCCUCCAUCCUUGAGGACACUUCAAGUUGACAGGACUCCAGCCGUCUCUUCUCUUCUACCUUGUCCCCUACACAAAACCGGACACCCCAUGGUUCCCAAAAUUAAGAACAGUUCUAACCUACCAAACUUUGGGGUGGGACCAGGGGGCUCUGGCUUCCGUCACUGGUGAUUGGCUAAAUUUCUUGAGCCAAUGAGGAGUGCUUGUUUCCUACGGAAAUGUGCUUCAGUCACGAGGACAGGAGCCCAGACCAGACACACACACACACACAAAUACACGCAGACACACACACAUACAUACACACAGGGCACAUUCUAUAUAUAAUUCUGCUUUCAUGCAGAUACUUUCUAUUUAGCGGCACAUAUUUCAAAUACAAACCAAGUUACAUUCAAAAUAUGAUUACCCCCAUGUUAACUGAAUUUCACUCACAUACUAUCAUGAAUGUAAGGUGUAUGAUUGCAUUUAGAAAAUGCCAUUUCAGUUUAAUUUUGUUUUAAAAGAAAGGGCCUCAUUUUGCAGUGUUUCAAGCUUGACCAAAAUCUCUAAAUCCUGCCCUUUUGACCCAGCCAGGUAUGACUCACUCUGCAUCAAGUUACAGGUAAAAUCUCCUCACUCAACUUGAAUGAGUGAAUUAAUUGCCCAUGGAUAAUGUCCCAACAUAUCUAACUCAUAUCUUCCUGUAUGUAUAUAUGCAGUUUGUGGGUCAUUUCAGUGGUUUGGGGCAUUUUAUUAAAAAAAAAAAAAAUCUUAAUAUCGAAAAAAAAAUGAUACCUGUAAAACAUUGUACAAAUACACACUAACACCUUCACUUCCCCUCACACAGUAACACUCUAGGUGCUGAUCAUGGCCAGAAUUGACCGGGUUAACCUCUGACCUUUUAAACUCUACUGACCUUCGUUUGACCUCUGUCUGAGCACUGAACUCCAGGCUCCCUCUACCCUCUGAGGUGUCGCGUCAACAUGCCAAUAAUGAACAUGUAUGUGUGUUUUGUUUUGUUUUUCUGUACCCGAGACAGGCGUGUGAGUGGUUUGUUUGUGCCACGCUUGAAUGAAGAGCGAGUCCAAAAGCCGUCAGUGGAGCGGACUCACUCGGAGGGAACAAGCCGUCGCACAGGACACCGCAAACACCACAACACUGCCCGGUGUCACACCUUUUUAUACCGUCUGUGAAAUAUCUGUCCCGGCAGUACUCUUGUCUGUUUUGCUCUGUUUGUUAAACACUGUUUCUCCUCCCUUUUUUAAAAAUGAUUGUCAAAUACCUUUUUCAUGACAACGGCGGAGCCCACGUGACCUAGAUCUUAGCAAAUGUUUUUCUUUGCAGGAUCAAAUAAGGUGAGCGGGGGCUUAAUUAUUAUUUAUGUCACUCAGCGUCCCACUGUACAACUCUCUGGUUCAUUUUGUCAUUCUUUGUUGCCAACUUGGACUAUUUGUCAGUCUGUUCAUAUGUUACAGUAUGUUGAAUUUUUUUUUUUGUGUCCUCUGGCCCUUGCAUGUCCCACUUGACCCCUACUCUGGAAAAGGGGACCAAUCAUUCCAUCAGCAACAAGUUUUCCGUCUGUUUCAAAUCUUCAGUACAUGUUGGUUUGAGACCACACCUUAAUGGACUUUAAAUAGGAAAGGAACUGGACUUUAAAUAGGAAAUUCUGCAGCUAGGUUGAGGAACUUUAUUUGGCCAUCAACAUUUAAACCUAGCAUUAGUCUGAAUUUGAAUUAUCUCGAAACACCGUGAAACAAACCUAAGGCUGUUAAAUCACUUCUGAAGGCAGUUAUAUGGAGGAAAUGUUUCAGUAUUUGAGUUCUCUAGCCUACAACCAAACCCAAAUGAAAUGAAAAAGUCAACCCAGACCUGAGACAAACCAAGUGGGUCUGACUAGUUUGGGGCGUUUUGUUAAACUCUACCAGACUCCUCACCACUUCUUUUAUCGGUCUUAUUACUUAAUUAUGUGGCUACUGCAGGAUUAUCCAUUAGCCAGAUAACCAGUUUGAAAAGAUAAGGCAGUUGUAACUUAAGGAUUAAUUUUAAUGGUGGCUCUCAGCAGUGUCUCGCUCCUGCAUGUUAAAUUUGUCUCAAGUUUUUCUUUAUCUUGUGUUUCUGAGAGAAGUCUGGCUGAGUGUGUAAUAAUUCUGCUUCUGAAUACCCUCAUGUGGAAAUUUUGGGUGUUGACCCAUCUCCUCUAGAUAACUGCAAGGUAAAGAUGAGGGGAUGAGUAAAGUCUGCGGUAGAAAACUGGGACUGACAGGGGCCUCGUUCACAAAAAUGUACUCUGAUCUUCAACUUGGUAGCUUCAGAACAUGUGCUUUUUUGUUUUUAAACUAAAGUUUACUUCAGCCACACCCAUCACCUCAAACCAACUUCAGUUGAAUAUUGAACAGUUUGACAUUCAGCACGUCUCAUUAGUGUCACUGCCAAGGCCUACUGGACAGCUAAUUACAACUGACAGCAAAAACAUGCACGAUUCAGCUUAACUGCCGUAACGGCCCAGCACAGUAGUCUUGUUUUAGUUUUGCACACAGGCACACUCCUCGAGCGGCAACCGGGAAGAGCUCGUGGGCCAAAUUUAUGGCACCGAGCUGAGAACCCCUUUCAUUUCAAAUUCAAGCUUUGUAAAGUCGUAAUCGGAAGUCACUUUAUUCACACGCACAAUGUUCCAAUUGAAUUUGAUUUUUGAGGCCUUUUGUCCUAUUGAGAUCCUACAUCUUGGCGUUAGGAGAACCACAAGGAGCAGUUUUCAGUGGAGUGACAACAAAUGUGGAACUGUGACUGAGAUUUCGCCACCAAAACCACCUUCACCUCUGACAAGGUGGUUUUGGUGGCGACCUUGAAGCGGUGUUUGUGGUGGAGGGUGUAUGCACUGUAUGGGUAUGUGUGGAACCAUGUAUGCAUGUCUCUUCAUGUGUGUGUGUAUACUUUGUAUGUACGGAUAUCUGUGUAAAUACAAAUAUUUCCUCAUUUUAUUUUGCUUGUUUUCAUUUUAACAUAAUUUAUGAGCGAGACUGUGAUCCAUGUGGGCUGAGGAGCGUAGCCCCAGGAACACAGUUGUGAACGAGCAUAACUUAAGGAAAUACCAUUAUAGGAAAUACAUUAUAUUUCUAAUGCAAGUUUUGGUGGCAUGAAGAGAAUCUGUCCCGCUCCAUUCCCAGCUCACGUCUCUACUGGCUGACUGGGAUGGUCCCCAGGUCAGGUCUGGAGGCUGUGAUGGGUUGACAAUGGGACCGGCUCCGGUUGGUGAAGGUUAACAAAAAUGCUACAAAAAUGUCCAGUUUAACGGGAGAUAUCGUACAGUAGUAAGGAAAAACCUGCCAAUUGGGUGAGUUCAUCAGUGCAAAUGAACGUGUGUCAGUGACAAAAUAUUUUAAUGUACUUCAUUAGUAUUAGUGCAGGAGGUGGAGUUGUGCUUAAGUGUGACAUCCUCCCACCCAAGUGGCAUAUUCAUUCAUUGGUUUUGUAAAUCAUUUUAGGUCUUUACAUUCAUAUUGGGUUAUGAUAGACAUCUUUUGUAGCAUUGUAGUCACCUUCGCUGACCACCUUAAGUCUUAAACCACUCUGCAUCAAUGAACUUAAACCGUUCUGUGACUUUGUUGCUGUAUAAUUCUGCCACGGGGAUGAACCUCGCAGCUUAUAUGUGGUUAAUUAUGUUACUGUAUCAAACAAAACAAAAAAAACUGU